AUGCUGGAGUUCGCCUGCUACUGCCUGUGCCGGCACUUCGGGGAGGGGCGCGCGGCGCCGUUCCGGCGGUGGAGGGCCGUGGCGCAGGCUCUUAUUGAUGGCUUCUCCAAAAUACCUACACAUCAGAAAAAAAUGGUGUAUCUCUGUCAGCUUUUGAUAAGAAUUGCAGAAGGAAAAAACCUUGAAUGCCAUUUUGAAAAUGAAGAAAGAAUGUCACCUUUGGAAUCUGCUCUGUCUUUCUGGACUUUGCUUGAAAGGGAAGAAAUUAAACUGGAAAAGCUUCAUGGAGAUAUUCGCCGCUUGAUUCAAAUUCAGAUUGUAGCAGUCCAUAUGGAAAACGGAUAUUUCAAGGAGGCUGCUGAAGUUCUUGAAAGGCUAUUUACAGACUCAGAAUCAGAUAAGCCUUUAAGGGUGAAGCUGGCAAGCAUAAUUAAAAGCAAGGAUCCAUAUGUUCCCCUUCUCCAAACCUUCAGUUACGAUCUUUUGACAAGUAAAAUCAAGUCUUACAUUGAACCUUUCAUGAAAAGAACUGAAACUAACUUCUUAAUACAGGCAGCCACAAAACACGUGGAGUCUAAAGGACUGGGAGCAACAGCAUUGCAAAACAAAACUAUGAAUGAAAACGACAAAAGGAAUUUGGAAACAAAUCAAAGGGAAACUCCUGACACAAUUACAUCUGAGAGAUCAAUGGAAGAGCAACAGAGUAUUACAGAUCAGCCACCUGGAGGCAUAAAGAAACCCACAGUAAGGCCUCAUCCAGGACGGAAACCCAGAGUGAGCAGUGUUCUUCAGAGUCUGAACAGCUUGCAAAAUGUGGAAAAACAUGGAGAUGCUUUGGCUUGUGGCCGAAGAAGACAGCGAUGGACUUACAAAGAAGACUUGGAACUGAAAUCAGGAAUAAGGGAGUUUGGAGUGGGUAACUGGGCUAAAAUUUUGGUCCAUGGUGACUUCAACAACCGAACUAGUGUCAUGUUAAAAGACCGGUGGAGAACACUGUGCAGGAUCGAACAAGGCUAAUUUGGACUGCAGGAAUCAGCUCAAUCUUUCCCUAAAUAAAGACCUAGUCUAGCUUUUCAGAAUAAUAACUUAUUUUAGUCUCAGAGUGUCCAGCAGUGUUGCUGUCCUAAAACAUGAAACAGAAUAGUGAUAGGUAUAAAACGUUCAUGUAAGCUUACUUGCUUGGGUAACGAUGACUUAAAUGCAAAGCUUGGCCUUUUUUCUGCAUGCAAGACCUAAUUUCUGAAAUGUGAAAAUGCGUGCAGUGAUUUAAGAAAGGUCAGUUAUGUACAUAAGGGCACUAAAUGACUGGCAACAUGUUUAGCUUGAUAGAGGCUAAUACAGAGUCAAGUGUUCUGUAUUUUAAAAGGGUUUUAUCUCUAGUCAGAUUGAGCUUUUUAUCAUUUUAUCUCCUGCCAUAUAACCCAUUCUAAUCUGAUUUGCUUCACUUUGAAAUUUUGGUCAGAUUUGUCAUCUCUGUCAGUAAGUUACACCAAAAAAUAUGUAUGUAUUGGUAUUACUAAUUUUACAAAUUGAUUCCUUUUUUUGCAGUUAAAAAU